UAAAUCACGUGGUUGUCCGCAAGGGCCGUGACGUAAAAACCAAGACCGCACUCUGAGGACGUGAGAAAAUGUGCUCCCACACUGUCAUUACUGAAGGAAUCCACACACCCGUCUCGUAGACGUCGCCUCCAUUCAUUGGCUGCUGCUGCUGAUGAAUGGACGGCUUGUUGGCCAAUCAGAGGCAUGUGACUGCUGUAUAUGUACGCUGGGCUGGAGCAGACUCACACACACACACUCUCACACAAACACACACACACACACACACCAACCAUCCUCCAUCAUGGACAGCAGAGAACAGAUCAGUCACCAUGAAUACCAGAAGUCGGCCGAUUGGCUGAUGUCCCAGACCAAGCACCGCCCCCAGGUGGCCAUCAUCUGCGGCUCCGGCCUGGGCGUGCUUGCCGACGCCCUCAAGUGCCAGGACUCCUUGGCCUAUGCGGACAUCCCGGGCUUCCCGCAGAGCACAGUGCAAGGUCACGCGGGUCGGCUGGUGUUCGGGAAGCUGAAGGGGAAGACGUGCGUGUGCAUGCAGGGUCGCUUCCACAUGUAUGAAGGACACUCACUGUGCAAGACCACCUUUCCAGUGCGAGUCUUCAAGCUGCUGGGCGUGGAGACUUUGAUCGUGACCAACGCCGCCGGCUCGUUGGCCGACCACCUGCGUCCCGGCGACCUCAUGGUCAUCAAGGACCACGUCAACUUCCCGGGUCUGGUGGGCCUUAACCCGCUGUGCGGACCCAACGAUGACAAAUUCGGGCCGCGCUUCCCGGCCAUGUCGGGCUGCUACGACAAAGACCUGCGUUGCCUAGCGAUGGAGAUCGCAAAGGAGAUGGGCGUGGACGGCCUCAUGCAUGAGGGCGUGUACGCGAUGGUGGGCGGACCCACUUUUGAAAGCAUCGCCGAGGCCAGACUGUUGCAUGGACUGGGCGUGGACGCUGUCGGUAUGAGCACAGCGCCCGAGGUCGUCAUAGCGACACACUGCGGCCUGCGAGUAUUCGGCCUCUCUCUCAUCACCAACAAGGUGGUGAAGAGCUACGAGGCCACGGACAGCGUGGACCACCAGGGCGUGCUGGAGGUGGGGCGGAUGCGCUCGCAGACGCUGCAGCACUUUGUGACUGAGCUGGUCUCCAGGAUGGACGUCAACAACAACAACAGCAGGAAUGCUCUCUGAGAGGAGUUGCCUUUUCUUUAACGCUAACUUUAUUAUAUAUAUAUAUAUAAAAAAUUUAAAAAACCUUUGCAAUUUGAGACAUACUGUAUGCUGAUGUGGAAACAUAUUUAUAUAAUGGAGAUGCUGAAUACGAGUGUAAGGAUUAACCCCUGAUGUACAGUAUUUGUUAUUGUCAACAUAAAUGGGAUUUGUGGUUUGAUAUGACCAAACAUGUUUAUAUGUGGUAUGAUGAUAUAAUAUACAUAUAUAUUUCUGAUUUGAUAGGACUAAAAACUAGGGAUAAAUAAAUGCGUUAAAAUGUAAUAUCGGAAAUUAUCGGUAUUGGUUUUUUUAUUAUCUGUAUCGUUUUUUUUGU